AUGUAUCAACCUACUGUUGUUCAUUGGCUCGCUAUUAAGCGCAUUCUUCGUUAUCUCAAUGGCACGCUUACUCUUGGGUUACUCUAUUCGCCAAGCACUCUUCAUCUCAAUGCCGAUUCUGAUGCUGAUUAUGCUGGGGAUCCCGACGAUUGUGGCUUCAUUGGUGACUAUUGCAUUUAUUUUGGUACUAACUUAAUUUCUUGGAGCUCAAAAAAACAACGCGGUGUCUCCCGCUCCAGUAUUGAGUCCGAGUACAGCCACCUUGCCUACACUGUCGCCACUCUAUCUUGGUUACAUGCUUUGUUUCUUGAUCUUCAUCUUCCAGUUCCAUGUCCUAAUCUUUGGUGCAAUAAUAUUAGUGCUCUCUCUCUCUUGCCUCUAAUCCGGUGUUUCACACUCGCACUCGCCACGUUGAGGUUGAUUAUCAUUUUGUUCGUGAAAAGGUGGUGCACAAUGAGUUGCUCGUUGCUCAGAUUGCUAAUAUCUUCACUAAGGGUCUAUCUCAUGCUCGGUUUUCUUUACUUCGGUCCAAGCUGCCUGUGCACCCCCGCCCCGUCAGCUUGUGGGGGUGGAACAGAGGCAAAACCAAAGACUCCGUUUCAAAUCUACCACCAGGGCCAUGGAAGCUACCUACAGGAAACAUACAUUAGCUCAUUUGCUCUCUACCCCAUCAUAAACUAA